UCAUGUCGGCCAUUUGUAAGUGGCCUAGAGCGGUGUCGCGGUGUCUGCCGAGCUGGUCGCCGCUUCUGCCGCGGUCCUCGGACCCCGCCGCCGCUCUGGCCUGGGGGCCUGCCCCGCCGCAGCGGUCGGCAGCGCAGCGAUCUGUGAGUGGCAGGCGCGGCCCUCGGGCCCGCUCACAGCGACCGGCCGCGGGCUUCCCGGAGCAAAAGCCUGCGGGCAGCCGGGAUGGUCCUCAAGACGGUGAAGGGCAUCAUCGACCGCGUGUUCGACAAGAACCUGUAGGGCUUGGUCCACGGCACCCGCAACCACAAGGAGGACGAGGCCUCUCUGACCUUCGAAGCUUGAGAUUACUGCCACCACCUGUUGCCAUGGCACCUUUAAGAUUCCGCACCUUGGACACAAAUUUCACAAGCUCCACCUCGAGUUGGUUUAAGGUAUUGAAUGCACAACAGUCUUUGUUGGGGGAUGCUUUUUUAUUUUUCUUUGGUGGAGAGUGAAAUUGGCUGCCUCGAAGGCCAGGAGGACUCUGCUCCUGUCGAGAAAGAUACUCAAAGUCAGUAAUAUCGUGGACUUUGCUGGUUUUGACACAGUUCCAAGAGAGUUGGGCCCAUUUAAGAGAAGAUGGUUCUUGCACUGCUCUAAUGCAGGCAUUGGCAAACUAUGGCCAAAUUUGGCCCACCACCUGUUUUUGUAAAUAAAGUUUUAUUGGCACACGACCAUUCACAUUCAUUUGUAUAGUUAAGGCUGCUUUCAUGUUACAAUAGCAGACUUGAGUAGUUGCAAGGAAGACCAUAGUGCCCACAGAGCUGUACCUAUUCCCACCCUCCCUGGUCCUUAACAGAAAAAGUUUGCCAAUCCCUGCUCUAAUGGGUUUGGCCACAAUAUCAUGACAUGCUGGGUCUUUCUAGGGGAGAACACACUUCCUCUCCCUUUCCCUUUCUACAUGAAAGAGUUGUUUAUUGUCACUUUGAGGCCCAGCUCAAACUACCUUACACCUUUAUCUCUUUAGCACAAGUCUCAUAUUUUGUUGGGUAAUAAUACCAUUUCCAUUUAGCUCAGGAAUUUGUAGUAAGUCAAACACUAGGAAAAAUGUAAAAACCAGGGGACAGUGAAUCUGGCCCUGUGAAUAAUUUUGAACCUCUGAAAUACCAUAAGUUGUUGAAUCUAUCCUACAUUAGAAAAAAUCCACCUAACCAGAAAAACUGGGAGCCAAUAAGUAGAAGGUCAUCUUCCACCCUUUGUCCCAGUAUCUAUGGUUCUGGGGACUUGUCUUCACUAAGGAUACAUCAGGAAGGGAAUUUGCUGACUUUGCCCAGGGCCAUGAGGUAGGUUCAUCGUAUGCAGCGGUCCUGCUUAGACUCACUAGGACAUUUGUUUCCCUGAGACUCGGAGACUCCCGAGAUUGAAUCAAUUUGGUGUAAAAAAAAAUGGAGCCAUCCUUACCUUUUUCUUCCCACUGUCUCCUCGACACUUCAGUAUCACAUACAGCACAACAAUGAACAAAAGCCAGAGCCAUUUGUUCCCAAGCCAGCCUUGGGUGUGCUCUGGUGGAGUCUGCCGAAUCCGAAAGUGCCCUUCGUCUGGUACCUUCCCCUGGGGUUCGCUAGUUUUCUCUCUCAGGGAAGAGAACAUAAAGGCAUAGCUGCAGGUGAGGCACAGAAGCAGGACCAGGAACCAUUUCAGCAUCCACAUGGUAAGCAGAGAUGGGGAAGGGAGUUGCUCAUGAUGGGUUUGCUUGCUCUUGCAACUGGGAGACUGGGUAUUUGGUGCCAGGCCCUUGGUGAUGUCACAGAGGCCCUGAGCUGAGGCCACUCUGGCCAUUGUGAUGAUUUCAGGACAGGAUAAUGAGGCUCCUGGGUAGCCCCGGAGGAGGAAUUAAAGGGAGAUGGGCACAUUUCCAGUAGGCAGUAAGAGAGAGAGGAUGGGCAUAAUGGGUGCCAAUUCCCUGCCAGGGGACUCCAGCAGAGGAGCUUUGCUGGGCGAGGCCAUCAUGUUUUCAUUAUUUAUUUGUUUGAUCCAGACAUUGUGAUGAGCAGAGGGGAGAUGGCAUGUGCCCCGUGGAGCUGAGUUGAAUGGGAAAGAAAGAUGUUAAACCACAGGCUACUCGGAGCCACCUCUAUGGUGGUGGUGGU